AUGAGAGUCGUUUUAACAGGAGCCACGGGGUCAAUUGGAAGCUCAGUUUUAGAGAAUUUGGCCUAUCAUGGCCAUGAUAUAACACUAACUAUUAGAAAUGAAGAGAAAGGGCAAGAAAUAGUAAAGAGACAUUAUCCAAGAGCACAUUACAUUCUUUUUGAUAUUAACAUCAAUACGGCUCAUCAGCUUGCUGAUAUAGCUGUAGGCUAUGAUGCCAUAAUUCAUUGCGUCCAGCAGGCUUUUAGCCAAGAAGGAACUGAAGCAGAAAACUUAACAGUUAAUGCUUUGAUAUUAGCAGUUAAAAAGACAGGUGAAACUAAGCAUGUCUCUCUUGUGUAUACUUUAGGAACUGGGCUAUGUGGGAAUACGAAUGAAAUUAUUGAUGAAGAUCAUGAUGAUACUUCUCACAGCUGGGACCUUGCAGCACCAAGAGGAAUAUUGGAGAAAAAAGUUAUAAAUGCUAGCACUGAAAAUGUUCAUGGUGCAGCCUUAAGAGUUAGCUGGGUUUAUGGGAAAAGUUUUGUGGAUCAAUGGAUUAGAGCUUGCAAAACUAAUAAUAAAAUCAUAAUUGGAGGCAAUCGGGAUAAUUCUCAUAUGUGCUUUAUACAUCAUGAGGAUUUAGCAAAUAUGUAUAGAAUUCUUAUCGAAAGAAGAGCCUAUGGACUGUUUUUUGCAGUGGAGCCAGAAGCUGUAACUCUUCAAAAUUUAAUCGAAAGAGUGUCAACACUUGGAAACAUUCGUGAAAUUGAAAGAGUUAAUAAUCCAAGGGAGCACUUUUAG